CACAACUAUCAAGUUAGGUUGGUCGGUUUGGGAUCCUGGUAUUUUUGACAGCCUCACAGGUGAGACGUUGCUUGUUCUGGAGCGGUUUCACUUUCUCUGAGUUUCCUAACACACUCGCAGUGAGUCUGGGGCUGACAAACACAAAAAACUCUACUUCCAAGUCCAACCAUCACGGUAACAUGAGCAAAAAGAAAAAGGACUGGAGGAUGGAAAAAGAGCGUUUAUUAGCAUUGGGACUUGAAGAAAGGCGUAAAGAGUAUGGAGAAAAGUAUGUUCCACUGGAGGAAAUUCCAACUUGGAAGCAACAGGAAAAAAGUAAAUGUAAAGUUGAUGCGGAAGACUCUUCAGUGCAGACACCUAGUUUGAGUGACAAGGUAUCUCUUUACAAAGGUGACAUCACUAUCCUUGAGCUUGAUGCCAUAGUGAAUGCUGCAAAUGCAAGUCUUCUGGGAGGUGGAGGAGUGGAUGGCUGUAUACACAGAGCUGCUGGAUCCUGUCUGUUCGAUGAAUGCCAUACUCUGAACGGCUGCGGGACUGGUAAAGCCAAGAUUACCUGUGGCUAUGACCUUCCAGCAAAGUAUAUCAUCCAUACGGUGGGUCCCAUAGCACGAGGCUAUGUUGGAAAGACUCAGAACGAUCUGUUAGCAGACUGCUAUGAAAACUCUUUGAAGCUGCUUUUGGAGAAUGGUUUAAGAUCUGUGGCUUUUCCUUGCAUUUCUACUGGCAUCUAUGGUUUCCCAAAUGAGCCUGCUGCUGAAAUUGCCCUUGAAACUGUCAGAAACUGGAUUAAGAGAAACACUAAUGAGAUUGACCGUGUCAUCUUCUGUGUUUUCCUAGAGAUGGACUAUAAAAUCUACAAGGAAAAACUUUCCAAGUAUUUCUCUCAAGAAAUUGACAUGAAUGAAGAUGCAGCGGAGGGAAUGACUCAGGAAGAAGGUAAAAAGUGUACACCGCCUAACAAGACGCCCAAAAAGAAGAAACUUAAGAAAGACGAAGACAUCAAUGAAGAAGAAGACGAUGACAAAACUGAAUCUGCUGACACAGAAAUGGAAAGCCAGAAAGAUGCUGAAGACAACCCAGCUUCAGAGGAACCCAAGAAAGGGAGUGACAUAAAUAGCAAAGAGUCAGCUUCUGAUGUGAACACCAACCAAGACAAGUCUAGCAAGGGUCAUAAACAUGGAGACGAUCCAAUGGAGGAUCAUGGAGAGACUGAGGAAAGCAAGACUGAUUCAGAUAAAGAUGAAGUGGGAUCUCAACUAACAGAGAUGGAAACUGAGGCAGCAGUCUGUCAGAAUAAAGAUCCAAACCUAGAUUCCAAAGAGCUGUCCAAAGGCGGUUCCAAACCAGAACAUGAACUAAUGGAGGGUCAGGGUUUAGCUGUUUCAACUGAUGCUAAACCACCAGUAGAGAAGAUCGAAAAUAGUGAGACUGAAGAAGGUUUAGUGGAAAUGAACACUCAGGCUGAGGACUCGCUAGAAACUGAAGCAACUCAACCAGAAAACAAUCAGUCCAAAGAUGUUGCUGGUGAUGAGACCGAUCCAUGAAAUAAAAAAAUAAGCAGACAAUCAACUUCAUUUUGAGAGGCAUCAGAUUGUGUGAAGGCACACAUAACAGUAAUAUGUACACAUUGGGGGGUUUAUUGUGGGCUAGGGGAUAUACAUUAAUUUUUACGUAACUUGAUUUUUAAAAAUAUCUUUCUUUCUUAAAACUAUCAAAUGUUUCUUAGGUGAAUGGUGUACAAUAUUAUAUGCUUUGUACUGUUUGCGGUUGCCGUGAGCUGUAAUUGAGUAUCCUUCGGGUAGAUGAUGAACUCUUGUGUUAAUGGUGCAUCUGAGAAUAUUAAUUCAGCCUUGUACUGUUGCUUGUUUCAUUCUGGGCAGUGUAUGCCGGUACCCAGCAGUUAUCCACAUUCUGAACACUUUUUUUGUAUAGGUAGUUCUACUGCUGUGUCAGAUUUGUAGUAAGAACCUGAAUUGUAAUGUAAUAGUCUACAGCAGAAGCGAAAACCUUUUAAAGUGUGUUCUCCUGAGAGCAUAAAUACUUCCAGAAAACCAGAUCUACUUUGCCGUUGGCAAAUGCAAACCAGAAAGUUACUAUUUCAGCGAAUGGUGAACCUUUUCCGGGAUGACUGUAUGCUGAAUAUAGAGCUUUGAGGUUCCUCCUGCUUCUAAAAGAAUAAGGACACAUACACUAAUUUUUAUGAAGUUGCCACUUCUUUGAACAACUGUAAUUUUAAGAUGUGGCACAGUGUUGCGCCUGUUUACUGAUUGAUAUGACAGUACCCUGAAUACAUUUAGGUGAGGAAAGUGUCUAAAACAACAUGACAUAUUACAUUUAAAAAAUAUUUUCAAAAGAUACUUAAGUGCAUUGAUUAGUUUAACUACUUUUUGUCCAUUGCAAAGUUUUUUUACAUGUGAAAUGCUAAUUAUUUUGUGAGCUAAUGCUGUUCUGAUUUGUACGUUUGGUUAAAGCCAAAUUAUUCUUUACAAAUAUUUCCGGUGCAUGGCUGCUUUGCUUUUGACUAUAUUCAGUUAGCAUAAUAGGUUUGAUUAUACAUUGUCUUAAGGAAAUAGAUUUUGUUCUUGUGUCAUGGAUUUGCCUUAUCAGACAUUUACUACUUGGACACAGAAAAACAAAACAAAACAAAAAAAACAUUAUGGAGAAGGUGAUUUGAUGUAAGCGUCAAAUACUUGUAGUCUGUUGCUUGCAAAUGACUUAUAAUUAAUAGUAACUAAUGUGGUGGCUGAUAAAUGCCUUUAUGUUGUUUAAGUUGUGACAAAGAAACAAACAAAAAAUUCUUAAUAAAUGUGUUUUUUUUUGUGCCAUACAUCAAACAUUUAUGCCUUCAUACUAUGAAGUUUGUUAAAAAUGAACAAAAUCAAAGUCGAAGAAGUUGAUUCAUGCCUGAAUACCUGUUAUUCUGUAUAAUGUUAAUUAUUAAAUGUUAUGAGAACUUA